AUGAAGAUAUCUAGUAAAACUGGUCUUAUACCUAGUCCAACUAAGAAGAUUAGACGAUUUCAAGAGACUCCAUCUAUUCAAAUGAUAACUAUAGCUACACCAGCUCCAUUUAUAAUGAAACCAUAUGCUGGAUUAUAUAAUCCUUUUCCAUCUAAUUGUUCUCUUCUUUGUAACCACCCCACUGAUGUAGAAGCUAAAGAAUUGUUGCAAGAAGCUAAAGAUAGCGUGAAUUUGGAUAUUAAAAAUGCCACUAAUUCAAAUUUCGAGUUAAAUAUAGGAGGAGAACAAUUGACUCCUACAAAUAUUUACAUUCCUCAAGUGGAAAGUGUACCAGAAGAACUAUUUCGAAGAUACACAGACACAGAUUCUAGGCCUCAAACUCCUGCACCAACAUUGAUUAGUGGUAUAACAAGAUUAUCAACAUCAAGGAGAUGUAUCACACCUGAUCCUUUACCGAGCUCCCAAGUAAAGGAAAAAACUCGACUUGUGCUCGAUUUACGAAGAAGUCAUAGCCAGGAUCACUUAUCAAUUUACGGUAGCUCUCCAUUUUAUCAAGAACCUCCAUUAAUUCGCAUUCAACAAGCCCUCAGUAGAUCUGCUAGCCUAGAUGAUGAAAAACAUGUCGAAUCGCAGAAGUUAAUGGCUGUUUCUAAUAAACAUUCUAAUUCUAGAAGACCUAACAGUGUAAAGAAAGCUGAUAAAUUGGAUAAUAUUAGCAGCAAACAAAACGAUCAGACCGAAGUUCAAGAGGAAGAAGAUGAUGACGAUGAAGAUUUCAUUAAAAGACGUGGAAAAAGAAGACGAAAAAAGGGGAGGGAUAUAUCCAGAGGUCCUCCGACUUUUCAAGCUUCACUUGAUCCCGAAACACAAGUUGCAACUAUAGGUCCUGAUUCUCAUAAUCCCAGUGCGAGGCAUUCAUUAGCUCCGGAAGGAGUUUCACCCCUAGAAAUGUCAUACGAAGAAAUAAAACAGAUUAAAAGUCCCGUUAAAAAAUCAACAAGUUUAGAAAUAAAUUCAUUUUUGAGUAAAGAGAUUUUGAAACAACUAAGGAGGGAAUUAAACGAAACUAUUGUGGAUUCUGAAUUGGAUUAUAAGAAAAAAAUUGCAUUAGAAGAAGCUUUGAAAACAGUUACAAAAGGUAAACCAGUUUGUGAUGAAUUGGCUUUAUUACAAAAAGAGUUGAAAGUGCCGCCUGUCAAUGUAGAUCUCUGGAUUUCUCUUCCUAGAACAUUUACAAGGUCUAGUGCUAUAUUUGAAUUACCAAUGGAUAGUCGAACAUUCAACACUAUGACACCUAUAGAUUAUGUUAAAGAUAACGUACGAAUUACUUCGGCAAGAAAACUUUUAUAUAAUUGCAUCUUUGAAAAAUACAAAAUAGAAAUUGAGGAUGAAACUGAAUAUGAUAGACGACUACAUUGUAAGAAUAUGAGAUCUUGUCUGGAUCUGAUUAUGGGAAAACCUUUGAAAGAUGAACAUUUCAAUUAUUACAAGGAUUUAAUUAAUUGGGAAGACAAAGACGUAUUUGUAUUUAAAAUUUGCUGUGGUAUUUUUGCUUUGUGCGAGCGUAUAUUAGCUCCAGAAUUUUGCAGACAGUUGCCCAGCAAAAAAGAAGAUCCUUGUCAUGAGAUAGAGACGGCCGACUUCAAUCUAUUAGAAAAAAAGCUAAGCGCUAGAACGGUAAAUGAAAAGCUGCGAACAAUUUUAUAUAAAAUAAAACAUUCUUAA